AUGUUUAUUGAAGAAGACAUCGAAGGAUAUACAAUACAAAUUCCGCUCACUUUUUCCGGAUAUCGUUACCUUACAACACUUGGCAAAGGUAUGUUUGCUUGCGUAGUUCUUGUAGAAAAUAUACGGACGAAUGAAAAAUUCGCUUGCAAGAUAAUCAGUAGAGAGAAAAUGGAAAAGGAUAAUCUAAUUAUUAGGCUUGAAGAAGAACUCAGAAUUCUAGAACAUAUAAAACAUCCUGCCAUUGUUGAUAUCUAUCGUAUAAUCUACCAAGAAAAGCUUAUUAUGAUAAUUAUGGAAUUCUGUUCUGGCGGAGAGAUGCUUCAGAAGGUUACACAAGGCCCUACAAUUCGUGAAUCUGAAAUUUGUAGAUACGCAAUGCAGAUUUUAUCGGCAAUUAACUAUCUACAUCAGAGAGAUAUAAUGCAUCGCGAUAUUAAGCUCGAAAAUAUUAUGAUUGACCAAAAUGGAGAUGCAAAAUUAAUAGAUUUUGGACUUUCAGAAGCAUUUGGCGAACAAAACCUUAAAACACAUUGCGGAACACUACUCUACAUGGCACCAGAAAUUAUCUGCCAGCAUGAAUUCGAUGGAAAAGCUGUAGAUAUAUGGGCUUUUGGAAUCGUUAUUUAUGUUAUGGUGACAAGGUGCUUCCCAUGGAAAAGUACUACAGAUGAAGGAGUAAUUGAUGAAAUCAUUGAUACAGAGAUAUUUUUCCCUAAUUUUAUAUCACCCGUCAUAUCUGCAAUUUUGCAUCGUUCACUUGCAAAAGAUCCUUCUAAAAGAGCAACAGCUCAAGAGCUUAUAACUCUUAUAUCAUCGUAUUCUACUACAAAAGGAAUUAGUAUGCACGGUAGCAAAACUCAUUAUAACGGGGAAUUAUUAUUGAUGGCAAAGAAACGCCGUCAACCUGCCAAGCUAUUAAUUAAGCCACAUAAGUCAGUAGAUAUACCAUUCCUUAAAGUUCCUAAGCCAAUACAGCCAAGUUUUACUUUUGAUCAGAUUCAAAAGUUCUAA